CACUAAUCAAUCUUGAAAAGCUUCAUUUGAGUUUUAACAGACUCAGUGGCUCAAUUCCAAGCACUAUCGCCAAUGCUUCUAAACUUACAAUCUUGGAGAUGGAUGGCAACUCAUUUAGUGGCUCUAUACCCCACUUCAGUAAUUUGAAGCUCCUACAAUCACUUCUUCUUUCGGAAAACAAUUUGAGUGGAGCAAAAUUCACAACUCAGGAAUUAACAUUUCUCUCUUCAUUAACUAAUUGUCGACAUUUGAAGUACCUGGUAGUAAGUGACAAUCCACUGAAUGGCAUCCUACCCGCUUCAAUAGGAAAUUUUCCUUCAUCUCUUGAGAUGUUUGAAGUAGAAAACUGCGGCAUCACGAGUGUCAUUCCUUCUGAAAUAGGAAACUUAAGCAGUUUGUUAUAUCUAGAUUUGGCUAGAAAUCAGCUGAGUGGACUCAUUCCGCCAACAAUUGGGAAAAUGAAGCAACUCCAAAGACUAUAUCUUGAUGGCAAUCAAUUGGUAGGGUCUAUCCCUAACCAACUUUGCCAAAUGAAUCAUUUGGGGGAGUUUGACCUAAGCAUGAACAUGCUUGUGGGUCCCAUACCUGAAUGCAUAGGUGAUGUUAAAUCCUUGAGAAUGAUCAACUUAGGCUCCAACCAAUUGAAUUCAACCAUCCCUCCUAACUUGUGGGUUCUCACAGACCUUCUAAAUUUGAGCUUGUCCUCCAAUCAUUUGAGCGGUCAAUUGUCAUCUCAACUGGGAAAUUUAAAGUCGAUCGCCUCAUUAGAUUUGUCGUCUAAUCAAUUUUCAGGCAAUAUUCCCACCUUGAUAGAUGGUUGCCAAUCAUUAGAGUUUCUUAACAUAUCAAAUAAUUUUCUUAGCGGAUCCAUUCCUCAAUCCUUGGGAAAUCUUAAAGGUUUGAAAACAUUAGAUUUAUCUUACAAUAAUCUUUCUGGAACAAUACCCAAGUCCUUAGAAGACCUCCUCUUUCUUGAAAAUUUGAAUGUUUCCAACAACAAACUGGAAGGGAGAAUUCCAGAUGGUGGUUGUUUUCGUAACUUUAGUGCACCGUCUUUUGCCAACAACUUAGCUUUGUGUGGUCCAAUAACAUUUCAAGUUCCAGCCUGCCCAGAAAGCCAUCAUAAAUCAUGGUUGAAAAAACUCAUGGUGUCAUUAGUGAUUUUAGCUGUCAUUGUGGCGAUUGCAUUGCUUACUUUCAUAAGGAUGUAUAAACAGAAAAAAGUAGGCCUCUCGGUUCAUUUUUCAGCACAAAUUACUGAAUGCAUAGGAAUUCCUUACAAUGAACUUGAACGAGGAACGAGUUCAUUUAGUGAAACCAACCUACUUGGAAGAGGUAGCUUUGGUUCUGUAUUCGAAGCAACACUUUCUGAUGGGUUGAAAGUUGCGGUAAAAGUGUUCAACUUGGAAGUACAAGGAGCAGCAAGGAGCUUUGGUGUUGAAAGUUCAAUAUUGAGCAGCAUUCGACACAGAAAUUUGGUUCGGGUUAUUGGAUAUUGUUGUAAUAUGAACUUUAAAGCAUUGAUUCUCACAUACAUGCCAAAUGGGAGCUUGGACAAAUGGUUGCAUUCCAGCAAUUAUAGUCUGGAUCUUAUACAGAGGUUGAAAAUAGCAAUAGACGUUGCGGCCGCCUUGGAAUAUCUUCAUCAUGGUCAUACAUUCCCAAUUGUUCACUGUGAUAUAAAGCCAAGCAAUGUGUUGCUUGAUCAAGACAUGGUUGCCCAUCUUGCUGAUUUUGGCAUUUCCAAGCUUUUCGAUGGAGGGGAAACUAUCAUUCAAACACAAACACUGGCAACUAUCGGUUAUGCAGCACCAGAGUUUGGAAUGGAAGGGAAAGUAUCAAUAAAUGGAGAUGUAUAUAGUUUUGGGAUACUUGUGCUGGAGAUGUUUACCGGAAAGAGGCCAACGGAUGAUAUGUUCGAUGAAGAAAGAAGCUUAAAACAGUGGGUAAGUGAAGCAUUAGAGGAAAAUACCGCAACUCAAGUGAUGGCACCUGCUUUGUUGUCAAUGGAAGAUGAGCAUUACUCUGCCAAGGAGAAAUGCAUGUUAUCAACAUUUGAAUUGGCAAUGAAAUGUUUAGCUGUUUCAGCAGACGAAAGGAUCAAUAUGAUUGAAGCAGCGGCUGCUCUGCACAAGAUUUAUGCAACAUUUGUAGCAGGAACUCAAUGGCGCCGUCCAUGAGAUUUUCCCGCCAAAUCUCCACCACAUUCGGUGUCAUUUUGUAGCCGCCAUCAGCCCAUGCCUCCACCCGGUGAUUCGUCUACCUCUAGGCGCUAGCUACAUGCCACGCUGAGAGGUAGAUCUUCAUCCUUAUGGUGAUUCGAUUUGAAUUUGUGUUGUUAAUAAUUUUAAAGUAUAGUAACUAAUGUUUUCUUUAGCUUGAUAUGUAUAAUAUAUUUAAGAUGAACAUUAUGCUAGUGUUUGUGUUAA